AAAAUCCUCCAAAAGAUUUGUUUUGAUUAUUUUUAUAUUUUUGUCUUCUUUUUUUCCUCUGCGCUGUUUUCUCUAAAAAAUACAAAAACAUUUUUUAUAUUCUCCACAAUUCAAAGCUUAAAAUUAGUUUUAUUCAUUUUUUUCCCUCUCUGUUUUACAAGAUUUGGUAGAAGAAGAAGAAGAAUAAACAUAUAAAUCAGAUCUUGUUUUAAGUGCAAACACACCCCCAUCUUUUAUCAUCCUUAUUUUAAAACUAAAAAACGCAUCAAAUCCCGCAGAAAAAAAAAAAUUGAUUCUUUCUAGUGAAGAAAACAAAAAAAAAAAAAAGUCGAAGACUUUAUACAUCUGGGUUCAUCGAUUGGAGAGAUUAGUAAGAUCUUCUUGCAAUGGGUAUGGCAGCAGAGUCGCAGUUUCAUGUAUUAGCUGUUGAUGAUAGUCUUUUUGAUCGGAAACUUAUUGAGAGAUUGCUUCAAAAGUCUUCGUGUCAAGUAACUACUGUUGAUUCAGGCUCAAAGGCUUUAGAGUUUCUGGGUUUAAGACAAGGUAUUGAGAGUAACGAUCCAAAUGCACUUUCUACGGCUCUUGUAAAUCACCAGGAAGUUGAAGUGAAUCUUAUAAUUACUGAUUAUUGUAUGCCAGGCAUGACUGGUUAUGAUUUGCUCAAGAAAGUCAAGGAAUCAUCAGCUUUCAAGAACAUACCAGUAGUUAUAAUGUCCUCUGAGAACGUUCCUGCAACAAUCAGCAGAUGUUUAGAAGAAGGUGCUGAAGAGUUUUUCUUGAAACCAGUAAGAUUGGCUGAUCUUAACAAGUUGAAACCUCAUAUGAUGAAAACUAAGUUGAAGAACCAGAAGCUGGAGGAGAUUGAGGAACCUUCAAAAGACGAAAAUGGAACUGUAGUAGCAGCAACAGUUGUACCAGAGAUUAAAGGCUCUACAACAACCGAAAUAGGAGUCUUGCCUCUGCAGCAAGAUCUGCUAUUAGUACAACAAGGGGAGCAAACGUUGAGUACUACCAACAAGAGGAAGUCAAUGGAAGAGGGUAUCUCAACAGAUAGACCACGUCCUAGAUUUGACGGUAUCACAACUGCUGUCUGAUCUAUUGCUAUGAUGCUUCUGAUUUUAGAGUUUUGUAGAUUGUCGUAGGAAUGCUUCUGCUGGUACAAUACAUGGUUUUAGUAGGGAAUGCAGAGAGGGGGAUAUGAUGAUGAUGGUGUAUGGCCCAUACAGUAUGGGGAUAAUGUGUAUAUGUACAUCAGUAAAUCUUACAUGGUGAAUAACCCAGUUCCCAAUUUUUUUACUUUUGGUAUAAAGAAACUCAAAUUGACUAUCUGAAAACGGUAUAAAGGAUCUGUUGAUGUCAUCCUA